UGUCGUGUGAUAGAAGAGUGCCAAGAGCAAUAGAUGUGGGUGGAUUAUUCCCCCCUUGUUUAAUUGUGUUGUAACAUUAUUGGCAUGACGGGCCUUUACUGCUGAGUAAAUCUCAUGCUCAUGUUGGCGCCUUCACUGAUAUUUCAAGUGUCGAUACAGUUCACAUCAGUGCACCAGUUACGCGUGUGAUUUUCAUUUUUUUUUUCCUCCCUUUUUUUUCCUCUCCAAUUUUAUUUUCAUUCGAUCGAGGGGAAAAACCCCAGGCAAGUGCAUUAACGGAAAUUUUCAUAAUUUAUUCAUCAUUCAUUCAAUUUUUCACCGCAAAGUGAAAGUUUAAAUUUUUUUUUCGGCGGUCCCGAUAAAUGACUCACUGAUGCGAUUGUGAUCGACAAUCAGAAUGGCACCUCUGACUGAGAACAAGGGCGAAUGCUGCGAGUCAAAUCGUCAGAAUGGUCAUCCCCCAGGAAAAAUCGAGGAGAUACCGAUGGCUGGACCCCCAGAUAAUAAUAAUGAGGUGGAAGUCGAGAUGAUCGUACCACCGGAUGGUGGAUGGGGCUGGGUUAUUGUCGCAGCUUCUUUCAUGUGCAAUCUGAUUGUUGAUGGAAUCAUCUUCAGUUUUGGAGUGUUUCUGCCACAUAUCAGUAAAGAUUUGAAUGUCUCAGAACCGAGUGUUGCACUAGUCGGUUCAUUGCAAACGGGAUUUUAUCUAAUGGCAGGACCAUUCGUAUCAGCUUUGGCAAACAGAUAUGGAUUUCGAUUAGUAGCAAUGAGUGGAAGUGUGAUAAGUUGCGUUGCCUUUAUUCUCUCGAGCUACUGUUCAUCAAUUGAACUCCUCUGCAUAACUUAUGGACUGAUAGGGGGCGUUGGCGGUGGUCUGCUUUACGUACCAGCGGUCAUAACAACUGGAUUUUAUUUUGAAAGAUGGAGAGCUCUAGCUACGGGAAUUGCUGUUUGUGGCUCUGGAAUUGGGGCCUUUGUACUUGCACCCAUUGGUAGUUUACUCAUCGACAGCUUUGGCUGGAGAACAGCAAUGCAAAUACAAUCCGCGAUGCUGUUGAAUUGCGCUGUGUUUGGUGCUCUCUUCAGACCCCUUCGUCCUAAAAGAAUAAAAGUGAAGCAAUCAGAGGUCUCCCCUGAAGCUGUUGUACCCGAGGUAAAGAAUUCCCUUCUGAAAAAUGGAGUAUCGACAACAUCCCUCCAUGGGAGUCAACUGAUUGCCGUUGGCUGGAGAUUCGGGACAAAUAAUAACGCCGAGUAUCCAACUGCCGCUGAAGCGAUUGGCAGUAUUCCUAAUCUUAUCAAGUCAGCGGACUCGUUGCACAACAGAACAAGUGAGAAUGAAAAGCCACUGAGUACAACGGAAAAAAGAUUGUCUGCUCCGAUUUAUCCCGAAAUGGACGUUGUCAUUUCUGACGAGAUAAAGUCCACUGAGGAGGAAAAUAAUUUACUCUCGGGUGACCUAGAAAGACUCAAUGGACGGAUACCCACGGUGCGAAGGCACACGAUAAGUGGUCGAAGGGACCAAAAUGGAAGUCAAUGCUCCCUGCGAAGAGUUGGGAAGCGAAAUUCCAUUUCCAAGGACCCCCAGAGACCAUUUUACAGAGAUGAUAUCUUUUACGGAGGGUCUCUGGCGAGAUUGCCACAUUACAAAUCUCAGAUGUCUUCCGUGGGGUACCACAUGUCAGUGACUCGUCUACCAACAGCAACUGAUGUUGAAGAGGAGGAGAGUGGAAACUGCUACCUCUGCCCCGAGAGUGUCAGGAGAAUUCUAACAACUAUGCUGGACAUAAAUUUGUUGGGAAGUCCCUCUUUCCUCAUCCUCGCCAUCAGUGGAGGCCUCACGAUGAUGGGUUUCUACACACCCUUCAUGUUCCUCCCAGGUCGUGCUGUUUCGAUGAAACUCAAGGAGUCCUCGACGUUCCUUGUAUCAGUAAUUGGCAUCGCAAAUACAGUUGGUCGUGUGAUUUGUGGGCUUGUCAGUAGUCUUCCUGGUAUAGACACUCUCCUCAUUAACAAUGUAUUCAUAAGUAUCAGUGGUGUUCUCACCAUUUGCUCUGGUCUCAGUUACUCGAAAGAAUAUCAGUACUUCUACGCCGCUGCUUUUGGAUUUAGCAUAUCUGUUUUCGCUGCACUCAGAUCGAUUCUCGUGGUGGACCUCAUGGGUCUCGAAAAAUUGACCAAUGCAUUUGGACUCAUUCUACUGUUCCAGGGCAUUGCUGCCAGUGUCGGUGCACCUUUGACAGGUGCAGUAAAAGUGGCAACUGACAGUUUUGACGUGGCAUUUUACGUAUCAGGGGCUUUAAUUCUUCUCUCAGCUAUCAUUUGCUAUCCUCUGAAGUGGAUAAACAACUGGGAGAAACGUAGAAACGAAUCUGCGCUGUCGAAUCCCUGAAUUCGUAGCUCGAAACCGAGGAGACAAAUUUCCAAGGCAAGACUGCCGUGUCACAGAGUGAGAAUGAAUAAUAAGAAUGACCGGGUUUUACAAAACGAGAAGUUCUCCAAGCCAGAGGACUUCAUUAAAACUAACGAACGAGUGAAUCAAGUUUUCAGGAGUGAAUGUGUGAGGGAAUGAGAGUGACACCUGCAUUUUUUAGGGGGGGAAAAAAAACCUGGAGAGCACAGAAGCUCGUGACGUAGGCACUGUAAAAUAUAGAGAUACCGUUGUUAAUCCCAUCGAUACUUCAAGAUCGUCGGCAGUGUGUAGAUAGUUUUAUUGUUCGAUGGUCUUGAAUAAUUUAUGGAUAAGGACUUUCUGCGGACUGAGUUCAGUCUCCACAGACAAAAAAAAAAAUAUGUCUUACACUCCAAAGAGAUCCCUUUAUUCUAGAAAUUUCCCAUCCACCGCUCAAGAAUUAUUAGAGCAGAUUCUAUUGAAUUUUUAAUGAAACUCUGUGGAAGAAAUAAUUAAUUUACUCAAUCAAUUGAAUUAAUCGAGUUGAUUGAGUUGAUUAAAAUGAAAUUAUGCAUUUUAACGUUUCUUGUUUAUCUAUAAAUAUCGCGAGAGUAAGUGAAAAGGUCAUUUACUUCUCAGUCAAUCGGCGAAAAUGAGAAAUAUUUAUUCUCUGUGUGACAUUUUAUGAAUCACGGGACCUUGAGUCGUAAUGCGUUGAUGGAUUGAAUUUAUCAGCGAUUGAUACCACUGUGAGUCGUUUUGUACCUCAAAACCGAAUAUUGUGUUCUCGCUUAAUGACUAAGAAUUUCUUCACGUGUCGUGAACUUUUUUUAAUCUACGGUACACAUGUGCUGUAGCUUGGAGCUUUACGAGUGGAAUUUUCGUAGCGACUCGAGCAAUCACCACCAAAAAACCGGUGAAUUAGGCGAUAGGCUUUGACUGUGUGUAUUUAUCGAGUUUAUAAGUUACGAUAGGAUAAAAGAGGAACAACCGAUUGCGCAAUCGUUUGAGACAUGUUUUUAAAGUUCAAUUUGUUAUCAGUUAUGAAAUUUUCCGUUCGAUUUGUGUUUUUGUACUGUUACGAUAGCUCUGCGGGAAUGUAUAGAUUUGUUGGACGUCACGCAUGUUUGCAGCUGCUCCUUGCGAAAUUUUCGCUAUUUUCUUGCAGGGCCAAUGAUUGAUACCGAAGUCGUUGCGCUUUUCAAUUGAAAUUGAACAAAUGUACAUAUCAAUUCCCCUGCGUCCAGUUUCUACUUAUAAGAACGCAUUUCGAGAUUAAACUGCAUUCGCAAUGUAUUAUAAAUACGAAAGAAAUAUUAUGUAUGAAUUAUUCGUCACUCAGUCUGUCAAAUUCCCGAUUAAUUGACAUCACAUAUUCGAGAUUCCCUAUAUAGUGCCUUAUUCAGCGUAAUGUAAAAAGAUUAUGUAAAUAUAUGUAAUUACUGAAUAGACCGAAUAAAUAAUUAUAUCGAAAUAA